AGGCUGGCGGGGAGACCCGCGAUGUACCCCGGCGCUUCAGGUCGGGGAGGCCGCGGCCCGACCGUUGCCUUUGAGCGGCUGCCGCCCGCGGAGCCGCUGUGCGGGCAACGGCUGCGGGCAUCGCGCCCCGGCGGGCUGUCGUUAAUCGGGUCCUGACGUCGGUGUUAAGUGUCCGGUGGAGGCCGCGGGCGGAGGUGCGUCGGCGGGGAAGGGAAAUUGAAUGGCUGUUAUGAAGAUCCGUGAUCAUUGCUGAGGAUUCCAACAUGCCUAAAGAAAUGCAAGAGCUGCAGAAGCAAUGGCACUCCAUAGUGCAGUCCAUCCACAGCAACUCAAAUGUUGUUGCAUUUAUGAACUCUCGUGUUGGCCAAUAUUUAGAUGACCACCCUUUCAUCGCCUUAUCACUCCUGAUGUUCAUUGCAGUGUCUGCUAUUCCUGUUGCAUUUUUCCUAAUUUUUGUUGUUACAACAGCCAUAAUGGCCUGUAUCGGUGUGAUAGUCAUGGAAGGUGUUGUAAUAACCAUGGGUGGCAUAGCCCUCCUUUGUGUGCUGUGUGGCCUAGGUGCACUUUCACUGGGAGUUUCUGGAGUACUGAGUAUUUGUUACGUUGUUCUUUCAACUGUGAUCAACUACUGGUAUGCUUCAAGGGAUCAGAUACGGAAGCAAGAAGUUAAUGGAAGUUUGCCACAGAAGAGUCCUCCUGUCUUGGAUCUUUCUGACAAUGAUGGAAAAAAUGAAUAAGAGGGUUUUUCCUCACGUCCUUCAUAGGCACUUAUCUGUACUAUUCUGACCUUUGCAAUGUAUUUGUUUACUCAUUGAGCAUUCAGACUUUUUGCACUCCUUAUGGGAACUGAAAAAAAUCAAUAUGCAUUAAGAAUAACCAUUAAGCAGCAGUGCAUUGCGAUAUUAAGUCUAUGUGCGUGAUGGAAUGUUCCACUGAAUUUGGUAAAGGCAUGUAAUAAUAACAGCUACUGAAGGUCAGGGGGUUGGACUAGAUGAUCUCCAGAGGUCCAUUCCAACCCUACGAUUCUGUGAUUCUGUGCGAAAGAAAGAGCAGGUAGGCAUUUGACUUCCCAUUUGUUACUGGAGUUCUGGAUAUGCUGUCUUUUGAAAUUUGUAUACAGCAGUUGGUCAUUUUGAUACAGAAGUGUCAAAGCUCAGAACACCAGAAAUGUGUUUUGAAUGUUAAAAAAAUUUUUGAAGCCUUAGUAGCCUUUGUUUAAAAUAAUAUGAGCACACCAUCCUAAUGCUUUAUAUUUAUUGUACGAGGAAAAUUGGGGUUUAUCAUAUGUUAAGUCAUGGUAUAAGCUUUUACAUACCUUUAGAUGUUGCAUUAUUCUGAAGGGAUAUUUUUGUUCUCAUUGCCUCAUCACAUCAAUGGUAUGCAGUUACAUCUUGCAUUUUGUCAUGUUUGUUUAGGUAUUUAAAUUGCCUGUUUUGCUUCUCAGUUGUAACUUGUAUGUUAUUUAAACUCUUUUUUCAUUUUUGCAAAUGCUAUACUAUUUUUAAGCAUUAAGAAGGUAUCUAACUAUAUUAGUUUAAUAAAGUGCUGUUUGUUUAA